UCAUAUCACACUCAAAUGUAAAAAUAUAAAAAACAGAAUCGAAACCCAAUCCACUUCGUUUGACUGAGAAACAUGUUGGAGUCUAACGGAACUCAAUGCUCACCGGAAAACGGAAAGCUCGCCGGAAAACCCAGCGGUUCUUCAAUAUAAAGAAUUAAUGUGUUAGAUACUUCAAAUUUAUUUUAUUGUUCUUCAUUAUGAAUAUCUUAGCAAAUAUUAGGUUUUGUGUUGAUCCUAAUUUCAUAAUUGGAACCUAUUGCAGUAACCUUGUAUGCAAUUUUUACAAUCCUAAUUACUCAAUAACCAAAUUGUAUCAAAUUCAUAACAAAAGAAACUCAUUAUCGAAAAAACCGAGUUAUCUUGAUAUUCAUAAACACCAUUUUGAUUCGGUAUUAGUUAGCGUCGGGACAGAGGAAAUUGUAGAAGAAGUGAUAGAAGGAAGCUACAAAAAAUUUAGGUGGAAUGAGAUAAGAAAUGAUAUCACGGAGGAACAAAAACAGGCUAUAGCUAAGCUUCCGUUCAGGAUGGAGAAGCGAUGUAAAGCAGUGAUGAGACAGAUUAUAUGUUUUUCUGAAGAAAAAGGAAGAUUAUGUGAUGUUUUGAGGGCUUGGGUGGAGAUUAUGAAGCCUACGAGAGCAGAUUGGCUUUCGGUUUUGAAAGAGUUGAAGAAUAUGGAUCAUCCUCUUUAUCUUGAGGUGGCAGAACAUGCUCUUGUUGAAGAAUCCUUUGAACCUAAUCUUCGUGAUUACACAAAGUUAAUUCAUUAUUAUAGCAAGGAGAAUCAACUCGAAGCUGCUGAGAAUAUUUUUACGUUAAUGAAGCAAAGGGGCUUCAUCUGUGAUCAAGUAAUUCUGACUACCAUGGUUCACAUGUACAGCAAGGCUGGCCAUCUUGACCGGGCCGAGGAAUAUUUUGAAGAGAUCAAAUUGCUUGGUGAACCUUUGGACAAAAGAUCAUACGGAUCAAUGAUUAUGGCCUACAUCAGAGCUGGAAUGCCUGAAAAAGGAGAGAGUUUACUUGAAGAAAUGGAUGCUCAAGACAUAUAUGCAGGAAGUGAGGUUUACAAAGCAUUGCUUAGAGCUUACUCCGUAAUUGGUAACGCAGAAGGUGCACAAAGGGUCUUUGAUGCAAUUCAGCUGGCCGGUAUUAUCCCAGAUGAUAAAAUGUGCAGUCUUCUUAUUUAUGCCUACAGUAUGGCUGGUCAAAGUCAAAAAGCUCGAAUUGCAUUUGAAAAUAUGAAAAGAGCAGGUAUCGAACCUACUGAUAAAUGCAUAUCUUCAGUACUUGUUGCUUAUGAAAAGGAAAACAUGCUAAAUACAGCAUUAGAGUUUCUAAUAGAGUUGGAAAGGGAUGGCAUUAUGGUCAAGGAAGAAACUUCUAGAAUACUUGCUGGGUGGUUCCGGAAACUCGGGGUGGUAGAAGAGGUAGAGCUUGUUUUAAGAGACUUUGCAACCACUACCAGUCACCAAAUAAGCUAAUGUAGAGGUACUGCAUUAUAAUUUAUUCGAAGUUUUGUAUGACCAAUGCCCCUGAGGAACCAAUCUUGUUCUCAAUGUAUUAUAGCCAUUUUAAUGUGCAAUGCAAUUGUUAAAAUAGUUGGAAGUUAUGUGUAGUUAGUUAAGGUAGUUAGACUAGAGUAAUUGUAAUCAACUAUAGUUAGUUGAUAAGUAAACUAGAGUUAGUAGUUUGGUUAGAAGUUAGUUAGAGUUAGUUACUCAAACUAAUCUCUAUAUAUAGGAACACUAUUGUACUCAUUCAUCAUCUUUUAAUCAAAUAUUUUCAUUCCAA